AUGACCUACCUUAGUAGUUUAGAUGAUAUCGAAUAUAUUGAGCCCAACAAUGUAUACAAGGCUGCGAUAUUACCCUCAGUGGCUCAACCAAAACCUUACUCUCCAAGAGAAAUUAAACCUGCUGUCCAACGUCGUAAAUCUUCUUUUAGCAAACGCAAUAUAUUUACGCAAGUCAAUGUGCCAAGCUGGGGAAUUGCCCGUAUUAACCGACGUGAUCAUUACGAUUUGUCUUCUUAUACUUCUGACGAUCUUGCUGGUAACGGUAUCCAUGUCUAUGUAUUCGAUACCGGUAUUGAUGUGAAUCAUCCUGACUUUGGUGGCCGUGCUAGCAUGGAAGUCAGUUUCAUUGAUUAUGAAGAUGAUAUCGAUCACGCUGGUCAUGGUACUCAUGUCGCUGGUACUAUCGGUGGUAAUUCGUAUGGUGUGGCCAAAAAUACCUUUUUGCAUGGUGUAAAGAUCCUUGACCGUAACGGUGACGGUUCUACCGCUUCAUUAAUACAAGAUCAUGGAAUCCCCGUUUUUGUUUCCGCCGGAAAUUCUGGCGACGAUGCAUGUAGCUAUUCUCCUGCAGCAAACCCAGAUGUGUUUGCGGUUGGUGCUUCAAACCAAGAUGAUGUGGUUCCUGAUUUUUCGUCUUAUGGAGAGUGCGUUCGUCUCUAUGCACCUGGAACCGACAUUACAAGUGCUUGGCUUGGUGAUAAAACACAUACAAUGGACGGGACAAGUAUGGCCAACCCUCAUGUCACAGGUAUCGCUGCCAUGUUAAUGAGUGAAUAUGAAUUUCACUCGCCAAGUGAGGUUUAUGAAGCAUUGAUGAGUAUUGCUACACAUAACAGUCUUACUUCACCCAAAGAUCAAGGUCGUGACGCACUACUUGCUUAUAACGGUGCUGAUCGUUAA